AUGGCCAGUCCUCGACUACUUCCUCGACAAGAAGGGCCUCCGCAAGUACCCGGUAUGAACUUUGCCUGUGGUAUCACAAAUCUAGGCUUUGUCUGGGAGGCGUUCUGUGGACAGCGAACUUGGAGACUCCAUCAAAUGCUCCAGACACAGCCCAUCAUCAGGCUCGGUCCACGUUCACUCUGCUUCGGCGAUGCCAGCACCGUCAAAGAUAUCUACGGCCAUUCGACAUUGUGCAGGAAAGACGAUCUGUACAGAGUUACACAGGGAGCAGCACCGCACAUAUUGGAUGUGGUGGAGAGGGACGAGCACUCCAGAAAGAGAUGGCUUGUUGCAAACGCCUACGCCAGCCGGAAUGUGGAGACAUGGGAAUACAAAGUCGCAGACAAGGUUUUCAGGCUCAUCACACGCUUCGACGAGCUCUGCGACAGCCGGGAGACAGUGGAUUUCCGCAAGUGGACCAACCUCUUCACCGUUGAAGCCAUCGCAGACAUCGGACCCGGUCACAAGUUCGGCUUUCUCGAGAGCGGCAACGACCUGGUGACAGUCCGGCAAUCAGACGGGUCCAUCUGCGAGUACAGCUUCAUACAGAGCCUCCACGGAAGCAAUGCUGCAUCGUCCAAGGUGGCAUGGGAAACCGAAUGGUUUUCGCCCCUUGUUAAGCUCUGCAAAACCUUCAUCCCGUCAUUUCGAACGCAGGCACAAGGCGGAGAGAAGUUUGGUCGGAUCGUGAAGUUUCUGCUUCAGAAACGACUAGCACGAGGCGCGCUGGAUGGAGCACAUCGAAAUGUGGACGCUUCCGAGCUCGAGGCCGAGACCACAUUGAUGAUGAACGCUGGAAGCGACACCACUGCCAUUCAGUUAACCAACGUCAUGUAUCAACUGUUGAAGAACCCAUCGAAGCUCGCAACAUUGCGCAAAGAGCUGGACGCCGCCUUGAAAGAUCAGGGCCAGGAUCAGGAUCAGCCCGUCGUUGUACCAUACGCAGAGGUGAAAGCACUACCCUACCUUCAAGCUUGCCUUGACGAAGCCCUGCGGAUCACGCCUCCCGUCGCAUUCGGUCUACCACGUCGAACACCGCCGCAAGGCGCCAUGAUCGGAGGUACAUGGGUUCCGGGAGACGUCACGGUGUGCAUUCCAGCUUACACUGCCCACCGUGACGAAAAGUGGUUCCCCGACCCAGAGGCUUACCAGCCAGAACGUUGGUUGAAGGAAGAUUCGGCCAAGCUGCAGUCUCAGUUUAUCGCAUUUUCGGCUGGUGCACGUGGAUGCCUGGGGAGGAAUAUCUCCUACCUGGAGCAGACGGUCUUGUUCGCUUCGCUUUUGCGCCGAUACAACUUCUCGUUGGUCGAUGAAGGUUGGUCUCCCGAGAGAAGGGAAGAUUUUAAUCUCUUGUCUGGGACUAUGCCUGUGAGGAUCAAACGACGGACUUAG